CGGUUGGAAAUGUUUUCCGAUGUUGCUGCCGGGCAGCCAGCACAGCAAGCAGCAGCAAUGGGGGGAAUAUGUUUUUUAGAGACCUACGAGAAGCCGAGUGCCUUUACUAGCGAUUCUGCUGCCGUUCGACAAAGUCGUCCCUUUACAUUCACACAAGUGUCUCCGUGCUUAUAUAGACGCCCUCGCUAAGGCUCUAUACCUUUAUACAGUGUCAGUGAGUUGUGUUCUGCAUCGCCCUUGACGAUAAAUAAUAGCACAACAUUGUGUGUAUUACGUUAUCGGCUAUAGUCCACGUAUUAUGUGUUUGUUUGAUUUCGUUGCAACCCUGUGGCGAUCAGUAGCUCCAACCUUCAAUAUUUUAGCGUCUCCAGCAGCAGCCAUUCAACUCGUUAUCAAAUUGAAUGACAUUGUGCAUAUAGCUCUCUACAUCAAAUUGAUAUAGAGAAAGAGAAAUAAUAACAGUGCUGCUUGGAUCAAUCAAACGCCUGUAGCGUUGCCCAGGAUAUAAUAUACUUUACGCACCAGCAGCAAGACUGAAGUGAUUAUAUAGUUUCCUUAUCUCGGCUUUUCUCUGCAAUAUAUAAUAAUAUACGAAAACAUUUACCCGAAAAAAACAAAACACAAUUACAACAAACGUUGCUGCUGCUGGACCCUGUGAACUUUGAAAAAUUAUUUAUUGUAUCUACAUUAUAUACACGUACAGCACGAGUGUGCUGGGAAUAUUAGGCAAAGUGGCACAACAGUUAUUAUAUUGCACAAUGGGCAGCGUCGAGAGCUUUGGAUUAGCAGCCUGAAUGAGACGGCCAACAUCCAUCACCGACUGUGAUAACAGGAGUCAGCAGGAUCGUUGAGAGCGUCCGUCCGUUGAUGGCCGGCCAGCAGUCACAACGUUGGGGCUAUGUCCAACAGCAGCAACAACAGCAACAACAACUCGUCAGCCAGCACGCGACCAACUCAUCUUCGUCGUCUCAUCCGUCUUUCAUCACCGCCGUCGUAGCGGGCAACAACAACAACAACAACAUGUUGCCGUUGUCGUCCUCUUCGUCGUCGUCGUCGUCGUCGUCGUCAGUCAGCGACACGGACGUGACCAUGAUGGACGCCGUCAAAGUCGACCCCUUAGAUCUCACCUGCAACAGUCAGAGCCUCAACGUCACCAGCAGCAGCAGGAGCAGCAGCAAAAGCGGAAGCGGCGGAGUAGGAGCUGGACACCAGCAGCAGCAGCACCGCAACCACAGCAGGAAAGUGGACAGCGCGGCGGCGAUGGAGCAUCACAAUAAUCAGUCAUCCGGCACUCAGCCGAUCCAGCCCAGCAUGAUGGGAUCAUCCAGCAGCAGCAGCAGCAGCCGGAGCGGCGGAGCCAUGUUGUUCGGCAACAACACCAACGACUGUGAUAGUAGUAAUGUGGACCAGCAACGUCAUCGCCUGAUGAUGGCCAGCGGAAGUACAACGCAACAGCCGACGACACCUGCCGGAAUUGCAUCCGUUCCUCCGUUACAGACGUCGUCGUCGUUGGCGACUGGAGGCGAAGAAGCUCAUCGCUGUGACAUGUGCGGCAAAACGUUUGCCGUUCCGGCCAGACUCACCCGCCACUACCGAACGCACACAGGUGAGCGGCCGUUCGUGUGCGAGGUGUGCGGCAAGUCUUUUUCGGUCAAGGAGAACCUGAGCGUCCACCGGCGGAUCCACACGAAGGAGAAGCCGUACCGCUGCCCGCACUGCGGCCGCGGCUUUGAGCACAGCGGCAAACUCCACCGGCACAUGCGGAUUCACACGGGCGAGCGCCCGCACCAGUGCACCGAUUGCGGCAAAACGUUCAUCCAGUCUGGCCAGCUCGUCAUUCACAUGCGCUCCCACACGGGUGAGAAGCCGUACGUGUGCACCGUUUGCAGCAAGGGAUUCACCUGCUCCAAGCAGCUCAAAGUCCAUUCACGAACGCAUACAGGUGAAAGGCCUUACGCUUGCGACGUGUGCGGUAAAACGUUCGCCUACAAUCACGUCCUGAAAUUGCAUCAAAUGUCUCACCUGGGCGAGCGGUUGUACAAGUGCACCAUCUGCUCCGAGACGUACGGAUCCAAGAAAACGUUGGAGGCUCACAUCAAAAUGCACGGCGUCUCGCCCACCAGACAGUCGCCCGUCCCUUCCACUUCGGCGGCGGCUGCCGCAGCGUCGACUGCCGCCGUCGCCUCAUCUUCUCUUCCGGCCAAAAAUUCCACCAUGCAGCAGCAGCAACAACAACGUCCGGUUGCCGCCGAGCAGCAACAUCACCAGCGUUCACAUCAAGGCCGUCAUAGUGGAGGCAUCUACAUCGACAACAACCAACCGCAACAACAUCAAGCCAACAAACGAUUGGCCGUCCAUUUAACAGACGGUGGAGCGGAGCGGAACAGCCAACAACAACAACAACAAUCUUUGCUUCCGCCUUCCUCCGCCGAAAACAGCCGGAGCAGCCCGUCUGACAUGGGCUCGAUUAUCGGUCCGCCCAUGUCUUCCGGCAACAACAACAACAACUUGUUGCUGAUGGAAGCCCAACGCCAUUUCCCCAUGCAGCAGUGGAACGUUUUGAACAAUUUGGCUCUGUCCCGGGCCACUAUGGGCCAUCACAUGACUCGCGACUUCGAAGACUCGCAACAACACCAACAACAACAAAUGAUGGCCAACCUGCAGCAUCAGCAAGAACAACGAGCCGCCAAUCAUUUCGCCUAUCCGCAAUUAUUGAACGCCACCAAGGAUCGACUGGCGUUGCCCGUCCCGUCUGAUCCCAAACGUCUGAUCCCUCACAACUUCACUGCCCAGCAUCAGCCGGCCUCGUUGAAACACCACCAACAACAGCAGCAGCACCAGCCAGCACCGAUCAAUUUCCCCCCUUCGUCGAUCGCUGGAUCGCUGGAUCGCGAAGGUUAUCCGCAUCAGCAUCAGCAGAUGACAACUUACUUGCGUCCAAUGCCUCCGCUCAUUCCCGUCACGGCGACUGGACCUCUGCUGGCCACCACGCCGACUUCGCUUCGCUCGCUGGAGCAGCGGCCGCCGCAUCAGCCGAUGGCGGGCCACUCGUCCGCCCCGGAUUCGUCGGCCGCCGUCCCACCAGCCCUGCGCCCAUUGGACGGAUCGGCUGCCGCCACUUACGGCCCGCCGCGCAAAAGCUCGCGCUUCCGCGGCGGAGAAAACGGCUCGACGGGCGACGGCGAAUCGUCCGAUUCUCGUUCGUCGUCGGCCUCGUCUUCGCCGUCGCUGAUGUUGAAUGACGUAAUGGCGGAAACGGCGGCGGUGGCGGUGGCGGCGUCCAAUCCGGUUCUGCCGGACCCGUUGCGAUCGACCUCAGUCAUUCGGUUCGCCCAUCGGCCCAACUCGUCGCCGCCGUCGUCGUCGUCCAAAUGAACUUUACCCGCGGCCUUCCAGCAGCAGCAGCAGCAGCCGAUUUUUCAGUAGUACGUGCAUAUAAUUUAAAUGAGUAAAACGACAACAAAUUCGAACGACACAUCUCCACUUGAUGAUUUUGGCCAACAAAUGAGACCUGCUCUGCAAUAUAAUCCUUCCGCUUCCCCCCCCCCCCCACCCACCCCCACUCCCGAGAGCAAUUAAAAAUUUGAAAACCUUUCCCGAAGUGAAUAGAAGAAAAUCAGGGACAAGUAUACAUAAACAGCGUGCUCAAACAUAAAACAGGGCCUAUAAUUAUAUACUCUUUGACAUUUUAUUACAAAUUUGAUUUUGUUUCUGUGUGAUUUCCCCUCCCCCCCCCCCCCCUCUCGUUUGAAAUCGACACAAACAAGACAAGGAAUGUCGUGAAAAGAGUAUAUUUUCGAACGGCGGCGUGAGCAGAGAAGGAGGAUCGAUUUUUUUUUUGAAACAAAAGACGCGCGCUAUUUGUGAUCAGUCUUGUUGUUGUUGUUGUGAUCAUCAAAAGGUAUAUAUAUUAUUAUAUAUCCUCGUUUGCUUUAUUGUUUCUUUGAUUCGCUCUUAAUGAUCUUGUAUAAUAUCUAAAGUCUCGUGCCUGCCAUCCCUUCCUCCCUGUCCCCAUUUAAAUGUGAGAGUUUCAAAUUCCGUUUGUUUUGAUAAUAAUUGGCCGAUUUUCACCAACGAUUUCAAAGAGUCCAUGUAUAAUCUAUUGAUAUACCGCGUGCAUUUAUAUUUACAUCCACAGAGAGCAUUUUAUCUAGACUCUUCACCUUACAAAAUUGUCGUUUAACAGUUGACAUACUGACGGACGUCUUGAUGGUCUCAGCGUCCAAACACCUGCUCCCCUCCCACCCAUUUUGAUUCAAAUUGUUCGUGGGAUCUUUAACUGGGUCUGCAUACGGGUACAUUCGAUAUCACAGACGACUGAAGAGACAAAAUUCAAAAAUGAAAACCAAUAUUUGGUUAUUGAAUUUGCAUAGUAUAAAAUUCCCCUCUUAUUAUACACACCCAACCCAAUAUGAGACUUUCUGUAUGGUUUGCCAUCUCUUAUUCCGUCUGCAUUUCGUGAACGUGAAAGCGGUACCGUUUUUCUAACUUUCAAAAUGAUGUGAAACGCAUCUUGGCAUUUUUGUGAAAGGAAGAAAAUGGAUUUUGGCAUUUAGUGGUUUUUAUCACUCUCGUCGCUCAUUUACGAGUCAAACGUCUCAGCUAUGUAUUUUUUACCUUAGCCCCAUCCUUCCAACUUUCUUCACCUUG